AUGAAAGCUGUCAUCUACAAAGCCCCGAACCAAAUCUCCAUCGAGGAGCGGCCUAAACCAACCCUCCUGCACCCCACCGACGCAAUAAUACGCGUCCUGCACACAACAAUCUGCGGCACAGACCUGCAUAUCCUCGCCGGCGACGUCACCACUGCAAAAGCAGGCCGGAUUCUCGGCCACGAGGGCGUUGGGAUCAUCGACUCGCUCGGUGCCGCCAUCCCCAAUUUCUCCGUCGGCCAGAAAGUCCUCAUAUCCUGCAUCACCUCAUGCGGGACAUGUCACUACUGCCGGCAGCGACGUAUGCCGUCACAAUGCGUCGACGGCGGCUGGAUACUGGGGAACACAAUCGACGGCACGCAGGCGGAGUUUGUGCGAGUUCCGCACGCCGCGUUCUCACUGCAUGCGCUACCUGCAGCCAUCGACGAGAGCGUGGCGGUGACGCUGUCCGACACAGUGCCGACGGCGUACGAGUGCGGAAUUCUGAACGGGGAAAUCACGCCGGGAUCCAGUGUUGCUAUCAUUGGGACGGGGCCGAUCGGACUGAUGUGUUUGCAGUUGAGCAAGAGGCUCUUUGGGCCGAGCGUUGCUGUUGUUAUUGGACGCGGGAUGAGGAGGGUUGAGAUGGCAAGGGCCAUGGGUGCGGACCAUGCGUUUAGUGUUCUGGGCGCGGGCGGCGUGAAAAAGGUCAUUGAGGACGCUGUGGCGGGCUCUGUGGGUGGCAGAGGAUUCGAUGUUGUCAUUGAGGCUGUGGGAAAUGCUGAGUCGUUUGAGAUGGCGCAGGGGCUUGUUGGACCCGGUGGCACGAUUGCCUCGCUCGGGGUCUUCGGGUGUUCGUGCGAGCUCCGCCUGGAGAAGCUGUGGCAUCGCAAUAUCUGCUUACGGACACGACUCAUUGACGCUGUCUCAACACUCGAUCUGCUGCAGAUGGUGGAGGGAGGGCGCAUCGACCCGAGUUUCCUGGUCACACAUCAUUUUGCCUUUGAUGAUAUAAAGAACGCGUACGAGGCGUUUGAGAAAUCGUCUAAACACGGCAGCUUGAAGGUCAUCGUCUCCAUGCCGGGCACAGGAACUGCGUCUGGCAUGAUUAAUGACUUGUCUGGUAAUGGUUCUUUGAAGGACCCGCUUGUGUAA